CUCAAGGAUGAAAAGGUGUUUCUCUUGUCUUCUGUUAAUCACAAAAGAUAAACCUGCCUGACACAAAACAAAUCUUUAGUCUAGAAACUGGAAAGUAGCAGUGUGCUCACUGCUGCCUUUUUCUUUUUAGGGCAGAGAGCUACUGCAAUGGAAGCCAAAAAGCUGUAGUUAAACCAUUUCAGUUAGUGUUACAGGGAAAGGAAGCAGGGGCCCUGGGGAUCUCCCUUGAAUAAUGGGGAGAACUCAGGGGAAAAAAAGCCAGUCAAACAAGAUAGGAGUAUACUGAUCUCAAAGGAACUUAGUUAGACCCUAGAAAAGAGGAAUGAGUGACUUGAGAGUGGAUGGCUCUGUGGAUGAAUGUGGCAAUGGUCAAUACCUUUGGUGGAUAAGGGAGAAAAUGGAGAGGAUGGUGGUUUGGGCGAAACUGGGGGUCAGCUUUUGUUGUUAGUUAAACUAGCCAUGUGCACCCACUCAGGGCACUGACUCCUUUGACUGAGAAUUGGCCCUAUCAAAAAGGUUGUUUCAGCAAGCAGGACUGAAGGAAUUGUGCAGCUGCCGUUGCUUCCUCUUCACCUCUUCAUCUGCUUGAAGCACAGUGUGGGAUUUCCUUUUCUUGUGGUUCUGUGAUUAUUUUAGGUUAUCUUGGCACGGUCAUGCAGUUGUACUGUGGGAAUGUUACAGGCUUUGAAAGGACUUACCUAGUUAGGAAGAGCUGACUGCUAAAGAGAAAAUGACAGCUCUAGAAAAAGUUGAUGAUGCCUCAGCACCCAUUCGAGGACCUGGAGAUGGCAUGGAAACAGAGCAAACAGCUGGAGCAGUGGAAGUAAUCACUGGAGCCAGCACUGCAAGCCAUCACAUCCACCACAGCCCCCAUAAAAAGACAGCUUCUUCCCUGAGUCCUGGAGUUCUGCAGCUGGGGAAAAUACAUGCAGAUAAAUCAGUGGAGAUUGAAGCUAUUAGAAUAUUAGUCCCCAAAGCAGCCAUCACCCAUAUUGUUCCAACUAAAAAUGCUAAGGUAGCUAAAUCUGUGGGACAUAAAGGAGACACGUUCCAUCAGUCAGAUGGAGCCACAGAUCCCAAGAAAGAACAGAUAGAGCUGAAAAAUGCAAUUGAAAAGCUAAAGAAUUCAGAAAAGCGGUUGUUACAAGAUAAAGAAGGUCUCUCUAAUCAGCUACGUAUACAGACUGAGGUCAAUCGGGAGUUGAAGAAAUUACUUGUUGCUUCUGUUGGGGAUGAUCUGCAGUAUCACUUUGAACGGAUGGCUCGUGAGAAGAAUCAGCUCAUCCUAGAAAACGAAGUCCUGGGCCGGAAUAUGGCUCAGUUGUCUGAGCAGUUGGAGCGCAUGUCUAUACAAUGUGAUGUGUGGAGAAGCAAGUUCCUAGCAAGCAGGGUGAUGGCUGAUGAGCUGACCAAUACCAGAGCAAUUCUUCAGCGCCAAACCAGGGAUGCACAAAGUGCAAUCCAGGACUUGCUGAAUGAACGGGAUCAGUUCCGUCAAGAGAUGAUUGAUACACACAAGCUGCUGAAGGAGCUCAUAGUCUCUCUUCAGUGGGGGAGACAACAGACAUACUAUCCCAGUGCCCAGCCUUACACUACAACAGAGCUAGCAGCUGUGAAUUGUAAGCUAGCCAAAGCUGUAAGCUCACAUCUUCUAGGAAAUGUUGGCACUAACAGUCCAAAAAAGACUUCAACAGCUGUGGAGUUCUGCAAUACCCCUGCUGAAAAAAUGGCUGAAAUGAUGCUACAUGUGCUGGAUCCAGCUGCACAUCCAGAAACAUCAACAGAAGUUUCUUUUUCUGAGACUUCUCCAUCUUCUUUCCUUUCCACAAAGAAAAGUGUUGGAAGAUUUCACCCAUAUACAAGAUAUGAAGACGUCACCUUCAAUUGUUGCAAUCACUGUCAAGGAGAGCUGAUAGCCCUUUAAAAGCCCAGCCAAGGCAGCUGCACGUGCAUUCUUUCUGAAGAAUUACACUAGUUGAUGUUCAGCAGGCUUCCCUUUCUCAUUUUUCCAUAAUGGGUGGGUUUGGCAUUGGAAAUUACACAGUUUCUUCUUCUCUACCUCUUGAAGUUAGGGAUUGACAGGAUUUCCAUAGUCUCUGGGAUACUUCUACCACUUCUCAAUGGGGAAAGCUACUUAUUUUCUUAUACAAAGGCAAGACAAAAAACAUUUUGCUGGUCCCGUUUAUAGAGCAUAGAGAUGCUCUUGACUAUUUAACAUUUAUAGUCUUAUUAGCAAAUCUUAAUGAAUUUCCCUUUAGAGGGAGACAAAAGUAACCGUACCAAAGCAAAUGAAGUGCUGAUCAGUUAUGUGUAAAUUUAAAAAUAAAGUAAUGGUAAAUGGUUUUUCAUUUUAGCCAAGGUGAUGAACUGCCCUCAAGUCUAUGUUCUGCCUUUUAAAUUUAGUUAUAAAACGGAGUAUGUGCAGUGAUUCUUCAUAACUGUAAGUUCAGAAAGCAAGAGUAUAUGCAAUGUCAGCCCUCCUGUCAAGGAGAUAAAGCUUGAAUGAACUCUAGCUAUAAUAUAUAAGUAGUAACUGCUUUCAGGUGCGUUCUAGAAAACUCUGUGGGGUGAGGUUUUUCUUAUGUUGCCAUAGAGGUGAAAUAAUGCCUUUUUCAUUGUUUCAGCUUCUAGAGUGAAGCUGCUGCAUAGCUGAUCCUAAGCAAAGGCACACUGACGUAUUUCCUCUAGUACACAGCAUCGAAUCCUGGCCUAGCAUAAGGACUCAGUCCUUGCCCAAGGUCUUCCUGAGUAUUAUGGGAAGGUGAAGACAAGCACUAAGUUUGCAUAGGUACUAUUAAAAAAAAGUAUUUUUUUACUUGUAUGACUUUAUAAUCUUGACGUAGAUUUGAAGUUCUUGACAUAGGUUUGAAGAGAACUUUUAGGAGACAAUCUGCUAAAAUCCAAAGAAGCCUAUUUAAGUUUCUUAGUUUGAUCCCCAAAUUUACCAUAUAAAGCUGUCUAGUUUAGGGAAAAGGUUUCUGAAAUGGUUGCUUUUACCUUUGAGUUUUCCUUUGAAUCUCAUACCCAUGGUCAGAAUAUGUAAGCUGUACGUUCUUGCUGUUGCUGCUUCUGAUUUGGUUUAGAUGAAGAAAGCGACAAUAAACUUCCUUUGCUUGCUUUCAAGCUAUAA